CCUGCUCGUCCAUGUGUCACUAGCUGUCCAGUGUGUGUAGCGCAUUAUAUUGCCCAUUCACAGCAACGCCAGGAGCUCAGUAGGAAGCAAAAAUGUUUGGAGUUGUGGUAGUGGGAAUUGGAAUUGCCGGCUCCGUACGGAUCAGAGACCUCCAGAACCCUUUGCAGUCAAGUCCUUCAGAGAACUUCAAGCUUGCUGGGUUUGUGUCAAGGAGGAAUCUUGGUCCGUUUAAUACUGCAAAGCAGAUCAGCCUCGAAGAAGCACUAAAGAGCAAUGAUGUCAAUGCGGCCUUCAUUUGUACAGAAAAUCAGAACCAUGAAGAGAGCGUAAGACUUUUCUUAGAGGCCGGGAAGCAUGUUCUUGUGGAAUACCCCAUGGCACUGUCUGAAGAAGCAGCUCAUGAAUUGUGGAGGUUGUCUGAGCAAAAAGGAAAAGUGCUGCAUGUGGAACACAUUGAACUUCUUACUGAGGAAUACAAACAGCUGAAAAGGGAAGUGGAAGGGAAGAAGCUAGUGGAAGGAGCACUUCAUUUCACUGGUGGACCUCUAGAUAAAGAGCUUUCAGGGUUCCCUUCCUUUAGUGGUAUUGCCCGACUGUCCUGGCUGGUUGACCUCUUUGGGGAACUUUCUGUCACAUCAGCCAGUAAAGAGGAGCAGAAAGACCAGAAUUAUAUGAAACUCACUGCACAUUUUCUCACUGCAGAGAACAAACCUCUCACCUGGAUUGAAGAAAGGGCACCUGGUUUGAAACGAGAGAAGAAAGUCCACUUUUCCUUCACAUCUGGUGUUCUUGACACUCUCCCUCCAGCUCCCAGAGGUGCUGUGGGUCCCUUUUUGCAAGAUCAGAAUAUAUUUGCAAAGAAGCUCCUCGGCCAGGUAUCCAUAGAGGACCUUGCCGUAGAGAAGAAACGAAUACUCCAUUGCAUUCAUUUGGCUGAGAGGAUUAAACAGUUGUGUGCCCAGUGAGAUAAUAGUGACAUGGAACAAACCACUGAAAGGGAUAUGUCUGUGAGAUUGUACUUAAUGAAAUGUAUUGUUAUUGACUCUUAUUUUUGCGAAUUUGUGAAACAUUUUGACACAGCAUAGGUUUAGACACAAUAAAGAUAUGGCUAGCCUCUAGUGCCAUUGACAAAAUGGGCAUUUUUUGGAGAGCUAGAAAAUGCAUUUGUGCUGUGCCUUAUUGUAAUACAAAAUGUGCAUUAACAUCUAAAUGAAUGUAAAAUCUGCAAACCUUUAACUAUUUUUGCAACUUGCCAAUGACUAGGGUAUUUGACACGUAGCACUGAUUGCUUGAAAUAUUAUAAUAACUUUAUAUCGUCUACUUUGAUUAAAAAUAUCUGUACCAACCGUUACCAAUAAUGUACUAACAUCCAGUUUCAUCACAACAAACAAAAACAGAGUGAAUUUAAAAUAAGCACACUAGAUGACUUAAUGUUGGUGGAAGUAGAGGACAUGGCAGCAGCAAAAAAAAUAUAAAAAAUCUGUUAAUUUCAAAAGAAAUAAAAUAAAUACAAAGUAGUAAACGAUAGUCUCUGCCAGCCACAGGUGAGAGUAACCGAAUAAAUAAUAAUAAUAAUAAACAAUAGAGAUACAGAUGAAGCAAAAUGGAGUAGUUAAAGCAACAUGAAAAGGCUUAAACAGACCUUACCAAUAUAAGUGCACUCAUAGGUAUAAACAUGAAUGAUUACCAAGGCCGCAGGUGCUGGUUUUGGUAAUAGCUUAACAUAGGAAACACUCAUACGAAGUCUUUUCAGUUGACUUGUAAAUGGUAAAUUCUUCCUUUUUAAAGCGUAUUCUAAGCACCAUUACCACUUCAGGAUUCUAAAAUGAUUGUGGUUUAAGGACCCUACAUGUGGAGCUUUGCAGUAUAAAAUGCGGCACAUACAUACAUAGAUAUUUCAUGUUGCUUCUGGAGCUCAACUUCCACCCCCUGCAGUCUUUGUUAGUCACUUCUGAAUGAAAGGUCCAUGCUGGCUAAUGUCAGUUAUGUGGGUUAUUCUUUGCACAGAGCUUCAUUCAUUGGCUGAGAACACACACACCAAAGCCCUAAAGAAAUAUAUACACACACACAUGCACUCUCUCUCUCUCUCCCUCUCCCCCUCCCUUUACACCUCCCCUACAGAACAAUCACUACUUUUUAUUUUUAGAAAUGUAGCACACAAGUCACUUAUUUUUUUUAUUAAUUUUUAAU